AUGGCAGUGACCUCAGCUACAUCGCGUAGCGUCUCGACCAGCGGCCCCACCACCGACGCUGCCUCAAUUGUGACAGUCGAUGGCUACACCAGUCGAGGCAGCGGUCUCUCGAGCGCGUCCGCUCAAGACUUUGCGCUGUUACAGGACUUUACAGUCUAUUUGGACCUUCGCCUGAAGUGUCAAAACUUGUCGCUCUUGCGUCGGAUCUUUGCGGAUUUUAUCCAGCACCACGCCACGACUUUAUCCCACCUGACGCGCCAGGGCUGCAGUAUUAUCUCGAUUUUUCCCGUCCCCCGCACGAGUGCGAAACGACGCGAACAAGCGCAAGAGCUCCUGCGACAGCCCAAGAAAGCGCACUAUCGAUCGGCUGAGUGUGUGUUGCAGUCGCUCGAGCGCCGGACAGCCACUCGGGGAAUGGCGCUCCUGAGACAAUUGCUGGAGGAGUUUCAGGCUCAGCGAGAGACGUCGCUGCGACAGUUUGUCGACCGCGGAGACCGAGUGAUUAGUGUGAUUCCCUUUGCUUUGCCGCCGUCGCAGCAGUCGCUGGCGCCGAGUUUCGGCACGUUGCGCGAACGGCUUUUUGGACCAGUAAGCGACGGAGACGGUGGCAACAACGCUACGAGGGAUACUAACUAUGUGGGCGAUGAUGGAGAUGGAGGCGAUGGUUUUGACAGAAAGGAGGGACAAGUGUCGCUGGCAAUGGAUACGAAAAGGUACAAGACACGGUCGAGUCGAAGCUGGAAUGCGGAUACAGAGAAGGGGGCAAUCACACGGCAAGCGUCGCGGGCGUGUGUGGUGGAGUGUACUAGUGGCAAUGCUGAACAAGAACUUGGGAUACCGAGCGCGAAAGCGAUGCGAUCGAGCAGCGCCAAGACGCAAAAGACAAGUUCACUCGAGGUGGUGAAUUAUUCUGGCGAUGCUGCAAGUGCUGCAUGUGCUACCCGGAGAGCUCAUGGGGCUGUUCUUGCUGAAGCACCAAUAUUUCACGAUACGUCAGCUGAAGGUUCGAUGGCCCGAGCUGUGCGAUCUGAUGCCCCGGCACGUCAAGCUUUGUCAGCUGAUGCUGUGUCAACCGAUGCUCUGCUGCCUUCAGGCUCGGCAGCUGUGAUGCUGACGUCUCGAGCUGUACCUGCUGACGCUUCGAUGUCGCGAGACUUGUCGACCACAGCCCCGACGUGUCAGAUUGCGUCCGUCGAGACUUCGACAUCUGUGGUUGCAUUAGGUGAAGUGCCGACGUCUCAAGCUGUGCCAGCCGAUGUCUUAGAAUGUCGAGCUGUGCCUGCUCAAGGUUUGACACUUCUCGAUUCGUCGCAUGAGGUUUCGACACCCCGAGCCGUGUUACAUAACGAGGCUUUGACGCCCCAAGCUGUGUCAUGUGAAGCCCCGACGUUCCACGGUUCGACAGAUAUACUUUUGGGGCCUCAAGCGUCGUCUACACGUCUUCUGACGGCUCCAUCAGCGGCAGAUGAUGUGUUGACAUCCCAAGAUUUGACAGCUGGAGUUCCGACGCCUCCAGCAGUGUCAGUGGAUACCCCGAUGUCUCAACCUGAUGGCCGGACAUCUAUGCCGUCAUCAGCUAUUGUUUUAGCGCCUCAAGGUUUGCUAUGCGAAGCUACAUCGAGUGAGGCAUUGUUAUCGGAAGCGUUGCCGACGGAAACGCAUUCGUUUCAAUCUGAUUGUGCGGAGUCUAGUGUAGUUGCCAUGCAUCAAAGGCAGGUAAGUGGCGGUGGCGGUGCUGAUGCAUCUACUAAUGCAGUAGCUGGAGACGAUGGCAUGCGGGUCACUGGCUGCUCUGUCUCCACUGAGCUGUCAUCGGAGAGCAGUACAAGAGGAAGCGCUGACGUUCGUCUGCCAGUCCAAUAUGCAGCUGAAAUGGCGACACAAAUAACAGAAUGUGUAGAAUAG